CGUCUGCUACCAACUAGUCACGUUUCUCGUCCGCGAAACAGAGAAAUAUUUUCAGUUACUAACGUAGACAACACACACAUUACAUUCGUCAUGAAAUCUAUUCUGAUAACUGGCUGCAAUAGAGGUUUAGGUUUGGGUCUCGUCAAUAAAUUAGUGCAAAGAAAUUCUUUGAAAAACCUGAUAGCGACUUGCCGGAAUCCACAAACUGCUAAGGAUCUUAAUAAAAUUGCAAGCUGCCAUAAAAAUGUUCACAUACUAAAAUUUGAUGUGAAGGAUUUUAACACCUAUGGUGAAUUCAGCAAAUCUGUAGCAGAUAUUGUUGGUGAGGAAGGACUAAAUGUACUAAUUAAUAAUGCUGGUGUAUCAUCAAAAUUCACUAGGGUAAACCUAGUGAAAUAUGAACAGAUGAUGGAAAACUUUACAGUUAACACUGUGGCUCCUCUAAUGCUAACAAAGGCCUUGUUACCUCUGCUCAAACAAGCUGCACAAAAAAACUCAGCUGAAACAUUUGGUGUAAAGAAGGCAGCAGUUAUUAACAUGAGUUCUGUCCUUGGCUCCAUUGCAGAUAAUAGACAAGGAGGAUUUUAUCCCUACAGGUCUAGUAAGGCUGCUCUAAAUGCAAUCACACGUUCACUGUGUUUUGAUCUAGCUGCAGAUAACAUUCUCGUAGUGAGCAUGCAUCCUGGUUGGGUCAAAACAGAUAUGGGAGGUACAAAUGCUCCCUUAACUGUGGAACAGAGUGUAGGAAAUAUUGUGGAAACUCUUCUCAAACUUGAUAAGUCACACAAUGGCUGUUUCAUACAGUAUGAUGGAAAACAACUGCCAUGGUAACUCCAUCUACUUAAUCUCUGACAAUGUCACUAGUGCUGCAUUUAGCUGAUAAACCGCUCAGGUACUCUCAAGCUUGAGGACAAACAGUGCUACUCUCAUCCUAAAUUGCACUGAAAUUCUGGAGUCACAGUUUCUUUAAAAAUUGUUUAUGAGUGUAUAAAAUGGGGUUGUGUGCCUUAAAACCUACACUGGUUAUAUAUGAAUUCUAAUAUGUCAUAAUUAUAAAACACUGACAGAUCCAGCACUUCAAUAUUUCAUAUAUUCUUGGAAAAUUGCAUUCCUGAUGUUGUAUAUAAUCCAUCCACAUCUCAGUUUUGUAUGAUAUACAGUGUAACACUUUGCUACAGAAAAAUGAAAAUAACCUUGAUAGACAUAGGUUUAUAUACACUAAAAUUUGCCAGAAGAAUGAUAUUCCAUGAAGAGUAAAGUAUCUAUAUAAUAAUAUCAUCUUGGUAAAACUGUGCUGCUUAACUAUAUAUUGAUCUGUUCUUUUAUGUCAACAAGAUUUAUCCAUGUCAUCUUCUAAUGUCAAAGAAAAAUUGUUAUAUAUAUUUCUUGAAAUUUGUACAUAUUUCAUAAAUGUAUCUGUUAAAGUAUCAAAGACAACUUCAUGAUGUUCAGUGUACUUCUCCGUCAAAUAAAUGUUCUUUUUAAAUGAA